AUGGCUGCUGUGUCUCUGGAAGAUGAGAGAGUCAGGUAUCACGCCAGGCGUUUUCAAGAGAAACAAGCAGAAGCUGUUCUGCAUCGCUACGAUCUGAGAAGGCAGCAGAUGGACAGGGCGGAGUUGGAGAAACACGCCUUUCAUGUAGCUUGCUGGGCGGUUGCACUUUCAAAGGAAGCGACUCUGAAUCACAAUGGGCUCUCGGUGGCCAGUGUGUUAUCUGGAUAUUUGGAAGUGCUGCAUGAUGGGCAGCCGCUUUGCACGCACUUGACAGCGAUUUUGGAACUUGUGCGACACAAUUGCAGCGCUGGCGUUGACUCAGACUCCCCGAACACGUUAAUUGGCCAAGUAGACGUGCCGCCCACAGACUUGGCACCAGCUAGCGAAUCUGGCGCAAUGCCACAGGAAGCUAAGGCAGUGCUUUUGAUGCAGAGGGCCAUACAGAGAUGGAAGAACAGAGAGCCAGGAGCUCGAGCAUCCUACGUCACGAAGCUGGAGCAGGAAAUGGAAGAAUUGGACGACCCUGCCACUCUUCAAAAGAUUCUGCGCCGUGCUGUCGCUGCCUUGUCGCCGCCUCGACACAAAGGCGAGACCGCGUCUUGCGGUUCAUCUCACAGCCAGCUAUCAGUCUGUGCAGAUUGCAAGCCCGUCUUCGCAAACUGGUACUGCUGUGCCUGGAUAGCUUGGAUUUGGCAGAUGCAUCAGUGGCACCUGCGCUGCAGUGCUUGCAGGCACACUUUCAGAAGUUCGAGGAGCUAUUGGCCAGUGCAAGCUUGGUGGCCAGCCACAGCAUUGGCUUCGGUAACAGGCUAA